AUGGGCGAGGUGGCCGAUGUACCAGCAGCCCAUGCCCAGCUCCCCGGCCGGCGCGGCGGAGGCUUGCGGAGGGGUCUCUGCCCGCCCAAGGACUUCCUCAAACGCCGCCUCGGCAAUCGGGAACUUGCCGAAAAGCGGAGCCGGGCGUUACGAGCCCAGUGCGCGGGGGGACGUGUUGCAAUAACGGCCCCUCGCUCGCAGCUCGCCACCGCGCUGCAAGAGCUCUCCGGCCCCGGCAAAACCUGCGGUAUCUCAGCACGGCCGAGAAACGCCGACGGCAGCCGCCACGGGGGAGGAGGAAGCCGGACCCUGGUACCAGACGAGCCCUGGCUGACGGCAAGACGGGGCAGGGCCUUCAGCAAGAGAGGAAGGAAGAAACGGGGAGGGUGGUCCCCGGAAAGCCGCGCGGCAUGGCACGGCUCCCCGGCACUGCGGCGGGGACCGGGGCACCGAGGAUGGGGUGUCCUGGGGCCAGCAGGACAAGCCGAGCCCCGGCCACCAGCAAGGAAGGGACGAGUGGCCGGGUGGCUGCUGCGUCCCCACCACCCCAGGAGCCCCACAGACCCCCCGGGAGGGCAGCGAGCCCUCACCCACGGGGGUCCCGGUGGACACCGGGGACACGGAGCCAGGCUGUGGGGGGACCUGUGGGAAUGGGAAUGGCCAUCAGUGGGAAGGGGGUUACCCAGCCACCAUAUCCCUGGCUGCAUUGGGCAACCAGCCUCGCACCAAGGUGAUUUUUACCCCUUUCUGCCUAAAUUAAGAAAGGAUCCUCAGCCGGGACCGUGGCCAUCCAGGACGGGGCCGAUGUCCCCAGCGUCCCUGCAGGAGCCGGGGACAGACCCAGCCUGGGCGAGGAGCCCAGGACUGACUCGCCUGGGCCCAGCCGCAGCCACCACCGCUCUCGGCCGGGAAUCGAAAGCGCCACAUCCUCGCACCGAAACUUGCCGACGCGAAUCCUCGGCGAGCAGAGAAUGCCCAAAAGCAGAAGCAGGGGCCGGGGAUCGUACCGAGCCUUGGCUCCCAGCAGCACCGCACCCCACAGACCUCCCACCGAAACUACUCCAGUGCUUCACCUCGGCAGAGUCCCAUCAGUUCAGCAGCUGCAAAGGUCUCACUUUGGGAAGAUGAAGCUGUUUCAUUUUCAAGAUCUCACUGUGGAGCACAGGCCAGUAAAUACAACAUGCAAAUAAUAUUCAAACACACCAGGCCUCAGGCAGCAUUCAGAAAUCAAGUUAAAUCUUGCAAAGUCAUCAAAAUCUAGGGGUGGAAAAGGUUCUUCAGAGCCUCUUCCUGCUGCCAGUGAUUCAAAUCUCAAAGUGCUUCAUGUUUAAGCAGCCGAGACGGUACCCCAGCCUCGCUGCAGGCUGCUCAGCUUGCUUUACAGCUCCUACACACCGUGCCUUCCUCCAAGGGUGCCACCAGCUGCCAAGCUCCCCGUGGUGGGAACUGCCCGAAGGCGGCUGUGCACGGAGGUGAGGGGUGUGCACGGAGAUGUGG